AAAGAUGGAUACACUUGUAUUUACACACAUCUUUAUUGUGUUCACUAUUUUACAAUAUUUAAAUUUUCAUCCAUUUUCAAUAUAUUUUCCACGAUUAUCAUUUGACAUUUCCUCUCCACUUGUUUUCUGUUCAACUCUGUUAGAAUUGUAUGUCAACGUGGAAUGUUUCACUGAUUGUCUUUAUCUACUUGAUGGACGCUUUAAUCAACUUCAGACACUUCAUGUUAAUAUUACUCGACUUGUUUCUUCGGAUUCAACAAUCAAUAAUAAGGUAAAUUAUUUUGAUUAAUAUCUAAUUUCUUUAAAUGAUUUAAUAAUAUUAUUUUUAAUAGGAAAAAUUACCUAAUUUAAGAUAUUUUUCGUUGUAUUGUGAUAGAUUGACAGCUGGUUAUGAUGAAUUAAUUCUACCACUUCUACAACGAAUGUCAAAUCUGGAACAACUUGAUUUACAUAUUGUAGCCAUUCGUGAUGAUAAAUUUAUUGAUGGUAAUGAUUUAAAGAAAAAUAUUAUCAAUAAUAUGCCGCAAUUGAAUAAAUUUGAAUUUAACAUUCACUCAAAUGUAUCUCUUGAUAAUCAAAAUGAUUUACCAUCAAAUGAAGAUAUUCAAAAGACAUUCAAAGAUUUUAAAAAUAGUUUAGUUAUUUCUUGUAUUGAUUUUUUUCCAAGUAUAAGUGAAGGUCAAUGUCAUAUUUAUUCAUAUCCAUAUAAGAUAUCACAUUAUAAUAAUAUAACAAAUAAUUUUCCAGAUGGAUUAUUCAAAUAUGUUUCUGAAGUAUCAUUAUAUGAUGAACGUCCCUUUGAACAUGAAUUUUUUAUUCGAAUUGAGAAAUCAUUUCCAUUUAGGAAAAAAUUAAAAGUAGAUAAUCAAGAACCACAAAGUAAUAAACAAUGUUAUGAAUGA